AUGACUACUCCAGAGGCGUCAACAUCGUCACCACCGCCCAUUUCACUGCCCUCAUCCUCCCAAAUCCCAGGGCUUGACCUGCUGUCGGCUGCGCAGUUCGAUGCCCAAGUUGCAGCCAGACGAGCAGCUUCAUCGCCGAACACACCCGCCAGCAAGCGUCCCAAACUCGACACGCCGGGCUCUUCUUCGUCAACAGCUCCGCGCACCCUCCUUCCUUCCAAACCUCGUGGUGACUCUGCAGCCAAAGUCAACGAUAUGUGUCAGAUCCGCCAGUUGCGCACCGACUAUGAUUUCGAAGAAGGGCCCCGCACCUUUGGAAGCAAGAAGGCGGCCAAAGAGAAAGCUGCCGAGAUGGCUGUGACUUGGCUGGAGAGGCAGCCUGUUCCGAAGAAGGGUCAGAAAGAUGCAACACUCCUGCCACUCGCUGCUACAAAGGUUGACCCUUCUGAGAAUUGGGUUGGUAUAUUGCAUGAAUUCUGUCAAGGACGCGGCAUCGAUCAACCCGAGUACUCCAUCUACGAACUCGGCCCCCAACGCUUCGGCGCGACCUGCACCAUCCUCAGUCAAACGCACCACGACCAGAACGCCGCCUUCUCAAGUAAAAAGGUUGCAAAGACAUCCGCUGCUCGUGCUGCCGUCUUGGCCUUGCGCGAGGAAGGCGUGUUGAUCAAACACUCCGCGCACGCCCGUUCUCAAGUCGCUCCUACCGUUCCAGCCUUUGGCACGCCUUUGCCUCCCGCCGUCGCUCCUGUCGUUCCUGUUGUCGCUAGCACGCCGAAAGUACAGCCAACCCCAUCACCACCCUCGGCAUCCUCGCUCGUACCUACCCUCUGCACUGAACUCAACAUUGCGCCCCCGACCUACAAGCUAGUCCAAACGUCGUCUUUGACUCCAGACUUUUGGGACGGCGAGGCUCGCUUCGAUCAUGCUGUUGAGCCUUGCCUUCGCGGUGCCGUGGGAAGAGUUGAGAGGGUGUAUGGGAAGAAGAAUGCAAAGGACAAGAUUGUACAGCAAGUGCUGGAGGUUCUUGAGGAGGUCAAGCAGCAGAGGAUGGCUGGUUGA